GGGUGUGUUCUCAUGAGGAGCACUUGAGUUCAGAACGUCAGUCGAAUGUUUUCGCAGCGGCGGUGAAUGUAGUGCGGUAGAAUAGGAUCCGCAGUCUUCUCGGUGUCCGGUGUCUCAUGUGUCUCGUGACUGGGUCUAGACUUCCUGGAUUUUUGGUCAAUAUGGCGGCGCCGAUUUCAUAUUGACAUCAUGGGCAGCACGGUGGUUUCCAUGGAUUGUACAAUGAUACCGAUACUGUCAGAUACAUCGAGCAGUUUCACGCCGAAGGACAUCGUCUGAGCGUCGUUCAAAAUUGCUGUAAAACUCGUAUUGGGGAUCUGAUGCCAUGGAUUUUCCGAAGAUUCACCGCUCCACUCAUCGGCGGAGAUCGUCGCUGGACUUCCAGGAGAGUGGACAAAAGUGCUCUGGGCGAUUCUCGACUGCUUAUUCUAACACUGUUAUUCAAUCGGCUGGCGGAGCCGAUCAGAAAUUGAAAGGAAUCUGUCAACGGAAAAUUCUGCAACACUCACGGAACCUGAGUUUGGAUGCGGCUCUACUAGAACGGGGUUGUUGUCAGAAGCGUAUCACGGACGUCAAAUUCUCCGAAACGGAUGGGAGCUCACAGGCCAGCGACGACUCUGGGAUCUGCGCCGCUGACUUGGCUGACAUGGUCCCUCAAUUCCCAUCGGUGACCCCGACGGAAUAUUCGAAAGUCAACGGAGAAGUUGUUCAAAGAAGUGAUUCCGCGGACCAGGACGCGGAAUCAACGGAAUCGAACGCUGCAUCGGCAGAUUGGGACAAUGACUGUCACGGCCUCGCUGAAAAGUACUUCGCUACGCCGGGAGCAAGCAGGCCGUGCCUGAAGAAAUCGGGCUUGUUGAGACUUCUCGAAUCGAAGCUCUUCAACAUGCACUUUGCCGUACAGUAUCUGGCGAAUUGCAGAGAGACUAAAAUCCUCGAGGACAUCGGGAACAGGAUGUUCAAUUUUGAUGACCCGAACGUAUCGUUUUACCUUCUCCAACUAGUUUGCCUGUACGUUCAUCAUCCCGAGGUUGCGGAUGCAAUCAAAACCUACUUAGUCGACAGAUGUCGUCGGGAUGCCGAUUUCUCGCUACAAUUGUCUUGGCUUCUCUCGGCUUUCUGUGCGGACUGUAAUGCACCCUCUCGGAAAAAUUCUCAGGGUCUCCAAUUGAAGAACAAGAUUUUAUCGGAAGAAAUGGGCCUUCAUAAUCCUCUACCGACGCCAUCUGUGUCGAACCAUCUCUCAGUUGUGAAUAGCCAUAGCGGGCAUCGUCAGCACAAGAAAACCGUGGGACACUACCGAUCGCAGUCCGACGCAACAGGGCUGCAGGUGCCUAAGAUUUCAAGUCCGUUCCGAACUCUCGGUGACGUAAACUCUGGUCAUGCAUUCGACUCCGGCUGCAGGUGUAAGUCGCUCUGUUCCUGUGGUGCACCCCGACUGACAGCUCAAAACGAGUUCAUCAAAGCCCUCAUCAGCAUGGGUGCCAGGCUCGUGUCGGUCCCCACGAAAGAAAUGAAGACUCAACGGCUACAAGCAGAUUUAUCUCUCCUAAAUAUGAAUUUACCAGCCAGAGUGUGGCUACCAGUGUACAGUAAACCCCACUUCGUGGUCAGGGUGCCUCCUCAAGCUGCAGUUGUGCUGAACUCAAAAGAUAGAGCACCCUACUUGAUAUACGUCGAGAUUGUUGAGGUAGCGGAUAUCCAAAAAAGUCCGGUCCCGUCCAAAAUCAUAACUCUUCAAAAUAUGAGGGCCUCGCGGAGCGAAGAGAGCCUCGAACUCUCCGCACAAGGUUGCAACGGAUCAUCGUCGAAUUCCAAUUCGGGCACGAUAUCAUCAUCUUCGUCUUGCCACCAACUGAAUGCGGUCGAAAUAGGAUUGAUAGGAGAUGAAUGGUCCGCUGAAGAUGACGAAAUAACCACUCAAUUCAAUGGUGCAGACAUCCUCAUCAGUACCAAAGAACGGGACACGCUGUCCGUUGAUUCUGGAGUGAUUAUGAUCCCAGCCGCGGAUAUCAGGCGAAAGUUGCAUCAAAAUUGCAGCGCCAAGCAGGGCGCCAAACAAGUAAUCGAGAGGGAUCCAGAAGAUCCGUCGGCAGCGGCGCUGAAGGAGCCCUUAGAUGAUAAGAUCGAAAGAAUUCGUGAGAGUUCACCGUAUGGUCACCUGAACUCUUGGAAACUGGUGUCGGCGAUCGUCAAGUGCGGGGACGAUUUGCGACAAGAACUCAUGGCCUAUCAGGUGCUCAGCAUUCUGCAGAGUGUCUGGCAAGAAGAAAAGAUACCAUUGUGGCUGCGACCCUACAAAAUUCUCGUAACGGGUAACGACUCCGGGAUGUUGGAGCCUAUCAUGAACACCAUGUCCCUGCAUCAGUUAAAACGUUUCCAUAGUAAUUGCUCUUUGUUAUCGUACUUCGAGCGCGAAUUCGGACCGCGAAAUUCGGAGGCCUUUCUCUCGGCGCAGAGGAAUUUCGUGGAAAGUUGCGCGGCCUACGCUAUCGUGUCCUACCUAAUACAAGUUAAAGAUCGCCACAACGGUAACAUCCUGCUCGAUGGAGUCGGCCACCUCAUACACAUCGACUUCGGCUUCAUACUUUCAUCAUCGCCAAAAAAUCUCGGCUUCGAAGCGUCGCCCUUCAAAUUGACGAAUGAAUUCGUUCAAGUGAUGGGGGGAACCGAGAGUGAUAUGUUCAAUUAUUUCAAACUACUGAUGUUACGGGGGCUGAUCGCGGCAAAGAAACAUCACGAGCGUCUCGUUUGUGUCGUCGAGAUUCUUCAUGCUUAUGCCCAACUCCCCUGCUUCAAUGGUACCGCCGGUGCCUCGGCGGUGAGGUCCCUUAAAGACAGAUUCAUGGUCCACAUGACAGACGAGGAGAUCGAAUCUAAAGUUGAGCAAAUGGUCAUUUCGUCAUUACAUUCGCUCACCACUCGUCUCUACGACAACUUCCAAUAUUUAACGAACGGGAUUCAUUGAGACUCUGUAUGUAUGGAACUGCGGUCAUCACUACAUAAUAAUCUACACGUUGCGACCGCGGAUAAUGAUUCCGCGGUCUGAACCAAGGUUCUUGACGGCGAUCGCCGGGAUGGUCCUCGUAUUCCUGACCGCAUCCAUCGGGGCGGCGAUCCGAGCCAAGCGACUUAAAUUGACUCACUUCGCAA